AUGCCUGAUUUGUCGUCAUUCGCUACCACAGAAGCAUCAUCUUCUGCCGGAGCGGCUGGAGGUGAAGACCUGGACGACCAACGAGACGGCGACCGGGAAUCCUGCGACUCUCGGGAGUCCACGUCAGCCUGGUCCACCGCUUACACCACGUGGCCGUCUACCCUUCAGUCCACCUCCUCAUCCAUAAUCAUGAGUCUGAAGCGGGGAGGCGGAGAUCUGUCUUCAUUACUCCUCUGGUCAUUUCUGUUGCUCCCGGCGGCUCCUCUCAUCCUCAUCUCGCUACCGUUCUGCCUGCUAAUGCCGAAGCGCGUUCGCUUGGCGGACGGACGGCUACUGGCGUGGCAGGAGUUUGGAGUCCCGCAGGGAAGCGCGCGUCACACUCUCCUGGUCGUCCACGCACCCCCUCUCUGCCGCACAGCGGGUUUUCCAGGUCUCAGUGAGGCAUUCUUUCAUCAACGGUCCAUCCGCGUGAUCUCCUUCGACCUUCCUGGUACAGGGUUCAGCGAUCCUCUCCCUCUCCAAGCCACCACCACAACGGCAUCAUUCGCCUCUGCUGUUGCUGACGACAUCAAGCAGCUAGCGCAGCAGCUGCACAUAGUACCUGGGUUGUGGAUUGUGGGCUUUGGCCUAGGCUCCCCUCUUGCUCAUGCCGCUGCUGAAAGGCUGGGCCAAGGGCUUGUAGCAGGUCUGCUGCUGCUGGGGCCACCAGGGGUUCUGAACACUGGCGAAGGUGGUGACACUAACGAGGAAAUUAGGGGCCGUGAAACGGGCAUGCAUGCGGGAGUGGAGGAGAGGCGACCAGGCGGCCAGCCUGAGGUGGUGAUGUCACGACAGCAGGCUGGCGGAGUGUGGCAGCUAGUGCAGCAGUCGUUCAGGGGACGCAUAGCCAGCGCUGUGUUGCGUAUAGUGGUUCCGCGCGUGCUGGUGCAGUCAGUUGUGGCGCUGCUCCGGACCUCUCCUGCGGUUCUCAAGUGGAUUGUGACUGCCACUUCACUUCGUCCCAUUUCUCCCCGUGUUGUCUCGCUCAUAUGUGAUGGCUUGCUGGGUGCAGUUCAGCAGGGCGACCUUCCCUAUCUACUGAACCUACUUGUCCUAACACUGCAGCCCCACAACACUCAGCCGUGUCCUGCUAAUAACCCAUUUUUCUCAGGGCCUGUCUACACCUACAAGGUGUUUGACGAACCAAGCAUCGCAUUCCCAGAGGGAAAGGAUAAUCUUCUAAAGUUCGAGAUCACGAUAAAGCCAGAUGAAGGCUACUACUUGGGAGGAACGUUCACUUUCAGCUUCGAGGUUCAACCCUCUUACCCUCAUGAAGCUCCCAAAGUGAAGUGCAAAACCAAGGUGUACCACCCAAACAUUGACCUGGAAGGGAAUGUUUGUCUAAACAUUUUGAGAGAAGACUGGAAGCCUGUUUUGAGCAUCAACUCCAUUGUCUACGGCUUGCAGUUUCUUUUCUUGGAUCCCAAUCCUGAUGACCCCUUGAACCAUGAAGCAGCAGAGGUUCUGCGCACCAAUCCACGGCAAUUCGACUACAAUGUGAAGCGGUCCAUGGCUGGUGGAUAUGUUGGAGGGCAUACAUUUCCUCGCUGCAUAUGA